AUGCAGAAGAAGCAGAAGAAAGCAGCUUCUCUCAGCUCUGUAGAUACACCUCAGAGGUGCUGCUGGCGGGGGCCCCCCAGCUGGGGAGGCCUUUCUUGGGGGGCGGUGCUGUUGAUGAGCUGCAGCCGGCAGAGCUGCUGCAGUGUGAACAAAUGCUGCUUGAUGAUGAAGAACUGCAGCAGCAGCAGCAGCAGCAGCAAGCUGCUGCAGUGUGAACAAAUGCUGCUUGAUGAUGAAGAACUGCAGCAGCAGCAGCAGCAGCAGCAGCUGUUGCUGCAGCAGCAGCAGCAGCAACAGCUGCAGCAGCAGCAGCAGCAACAGCAGCAGCAGCAGCAGCAGCAGCAGCAGCAGCAGCAGCUUUAUGCUAUCUCUUCUGCUAUCCCUGCGGACUCUACGAGCCCCCCUCCUGUGCUGCAGCUGCCUAUACACUCGGAGAUGGUGGGCCUGCCUCCAUCGUUGUUGCUGCCGCAUAUAUCCUAUCGUCUUGCUGCAGCAGCAGACCGAGAGCAGCUGCAGCAGCUGCAUGCAGAGACCUUUCCCUUUAUGUAUAACGAAGCCUUCUAUUCUUACAUAUGCUCGGGCAGGGGCUACGCCCUCGUAGCCACAGUACGCCGCAAAGACAUCACCAGCAUCAAGCAGCAACUCCAGCAGCAGCAGCAGCAGCAGCAGCAGCAGCAGCAGCAGCAGGGGGAGGGGGAGGGGCAGCAGCACGGGCACAGCAGCGGGCAGCAUGCAGCCUCAGAUGGUGCCACCCGCAGCUGCGGUCCAUCUGCAGCAGCAGCAGCAACAACUGCAGCAGCAGCAGCAGCAGCAGGUGCAGCAACAGCAGCAGCAACAGCAGCACCAACUACUGACCGGCUGUCAUCUUGGUUUUCCUCGUGGCAGUCUACAGCAGCCUCAACUGAGCAGCAGCAGCAGCAGCAGCUGCUGCUGCUGCAGCAGCAGCAGCAGCAGAGAGAGGAGGAAGAGCUGCUGGUUGGGGUUAUAACUGUCUCUCAGAGUUUAACAUAUAUAGGCGCAGAAGAUGCAGAGAUAGUCCGUCGAUGGGUGCAGCAAAAAGAAGAAGAAAUGGCUGCUGCUGCUGCUGCUGCUGCUGCUGCUGCUGCUGCUGCAGUUGCUGCUGAUGAUGAUGCUGCUGCUGAUGCUGCUGCUGGUGGUGGUGAUAGUACUGAUGCAAGUCGAACAUCACCGCAACCAGCAGCAGCAACAGAAGCAACAGCAGCAGCAGCAGCAACAGCAGCAGCAGCAGCAGCAGCAGCGGGGACUCCUGGGGAGCCGUGCUGCAUGCAAGCUGCUGCUGCUGCUGCUGCUGCUGAGGAGCGGCCGUCUAGUUGGAGUUCUUUUCUAUCGGGUUUCAGCCUAGACAGCAGCAGCAACAGAGCUGCCCCAGCAGCAGCAGCAGCAGCAGCAGGAGCAGCAGCAGCAGCAGCAGCAGCAGGAUAUGGUUUCUGUAUUUCAAGUCAGCAGCACCCCCCGCACCAGCAGCAGCAGCAGCAGCAGCAGCAGCAGCAACAACAACAACCCCAGCAGCAGCAGCACCCCCCGCAGCAGCAGCAACAACAACAACCCCAGCAGCAGCAGCACCCCCCGCAGCAACAACAACAACAACAACAACAACCCCAGCAGCAGCAGCAGCAACAACAACAACCCCAGCAGCAGCAGCAGCAGCAGCAGCAGCAGCAGCAGCAGCAGCAGCGAGGAGAGCAACUGCUUUAUAUCUGCAUGUUGCUGACUACAACAUAA